AUGGUUCAGCAGUUGCACAUAUUCUUCUUCCCCAUGUUAGCCCACGGCCACAUGUUACCAACUUUAGACAUGGCCAAGGUGUUCGUUUCUCGAGGGAUUAAAGCCACCAUGAUCACAACUCACUACCACGUCCCAAUGUUCGAGAAGGCAAUUCAGAGAAGCAAAGAAUUGGGAUUCGACAUUUCCGUUCGAGCCCUGAAAUUUCCAUCAUCAGAUUCCGGGUUGCCCGAAGGAAUCGAGAGCCUUGACCAGCUGAAAUCCGACGAUUUGAUUCCGGCGUUCAUCAUGGCCACAACCAAGCUCCAAGCACAACUGGAACAGCUCUUAGAAGAUUGCCGCCCGAAUUGCAUCGUUGCUGAUAUGUUCUUCCCAUGGGCGACUGAAGCUGCAGCAAAAUUCGGUAUCCCCAGAUUGGUUUUCGGCGGAACAAGCACAUUUGCACUCUGCGUCGGCGAGUCUUUGCGACGUAAUAGACCUUUCGACCACGUUUCCUGUGACACCGAGCCGUUUCUGGUGCCUGAAAUUCCUCAUCAAAUUCAGAUGACCAGAGCUAAGAUCGCCAUACAUGAUAGUGUUGGUGCAAAAGAGUGGAGCAGAGUUACAAAAAAUGUUAUCAAAGGAGAAGACAUUGCUAAGGCAGUGGAGCGGAUUAUGGUGGGUGAAGAAGCUAUCCAAAUCAGGGUAAGAUCUAAGGUUUUAAAAGUGGCUGCAAAGAAAUCUGUGGAAGAAGGUGGCUCUUCCUAUUCCAGUUUCAAUGCACUCAUCCAAGAUUUGAGUGCGUACCAGUCAACAACAAAUUAG